UAGAUAGAUAGAUAGAUAGAUAGAUCUUUGCAGACAUACUGUGCUGUGUAUGGAUGUGUGAAGCUCCCUGGGUGUGUUGAGGGUGUGGCUUUGGUACAGUCAUGAAUAUGAGUGUGUGUCUAUAAAUCUGUGUGAAGACUGCAGGUUUGCAGAGACAGGAUGGAGAAGGUCAUCAGGAUAAUUAUAGAAAACUUAACAUUUUCUUCUCUCUUUUAUUUGUUUACUUCUACUUUGUGUUUUUACCGAAUACUUUUGAUUGCUCCUGCAAGGAUCAGACUCUACAAUGUGCUGCAUACAUAACUCUGCCAUGUCUGAUCUUAUUCGUCUUCAUGCUCUGGUCAGACGGACCUUUCCAGCGAGAGUGGAGGUAUACAUGCAUCUGCUCUCGCUUCAGGUGCAGGAAGUUUAUGUUGAGUUUAUCCACCUACUUCUUGAAGGCGCUGUUUGUGGGCUUGUUGUGGGCUGAGGCGGUGUUAAUCGAUGGAGGCUGGUACGUUUGCUGUAGGAAUGAUCUUCCUGAGAAACAGGCUGGGUUACCCUGCAAAGAUCCAAAGAAUAUCUAUAAUACUGAGGAAAAGGCAAUCAUUGCUCAACUUAAAAGCAGCUCACGGGCUGUUGGCAUUGCCUUAUUUGCCUUUGCCAGUCUUCUUGUAGCCGUUUGGUUUUCACUGGACUGGAAAAGAAUUUUCUCCAUCUGUUGGAGGGACAGUAUGAAUCUUAAAAUUCAGCUGCACAGGCUCAUUUUGGAAGAACAUGAAAAUAUGUUGACAGAUAAGCUGAGAAAAGUUGUGAACGAUCAGAUUUCUCAGAAACUGACUCGGUAUGUGGAUGAAGAACGGUGGGAUCAGUUUUUUAAUACUGCUCAUGAACUCAUUAUAAAGUCCUCAGAGGACAAAGCAAGUGGACCAGAGACUAAAACCAGCUCUGAUCAGCCCUCGUCUCAGAACUCAGACCAGGAUCAACCUGGAACAAGUUCAGAGAGAAGCAUGAAGAUCUCUGGAGACAGGUUGCCUGAACGCUCCAGUUCUGGAUCCAUUCAGGUGGAAGUCCAAGUGCCAACGGAGCAUGUCUCCAGAAUCCUUCAAAACAAACCAAAGCCUGACUGAAUGGAGGACUGUCAGUUAUCAGGAGUUAAAGAACAUGUCCUGACAGACCCUCUUAUUCUGAAUUCUGAAGACCCCUAGAGAAGACCAGACUGUGGACGAAGACCAGAAACAGAGCUCUCAUAUACACCGUCUUCCUGUUUGCUUCCAAACUGAUUGUAAAAUCUUUUUCUUACUAUUUAAAUCUCUUAAAGUAUUUAUCCAACUUGCUUUUAGUUCAGGAGCCUCCAGGCCCUCCGGUCGUCGGGGGCUGGUCUCUUAUUGAUUCUUAAGGUGGAACUAAAGCAUGUGGAGAAGCUUCUUUUAGUUUUAUGGUCCUCGUAUGUGGAUCAUCCUUCCAGACGACAUGAGGGCGGUCGGGACCUUUUUAUUAAAGCUGUUCAUUUAUCUUUUAUUAGAAUUCAUAACUGAUAUUUUACUGACAUUUAUUUCUCUUCUAGUCUCUCAUGUUAAAUCUGGUUUUAUUAUUAUUUUGUUACUUUGUUUUAUCAGUUUACUUAGUAAAUAUUUUUUAACAUCCUUUGUUUCUCUUACUUAUUUAGUUUGAUUAUUUUGUCAGAUUAAGAUCUUUUAUAUAAAUUCCAGUGUUUUAUUUUCCAGAUGUGGUUGAUGAGGAUGAGGACGGUGCUGGUGGAGAACAUCAUGUUGGUGCGUGUUGACGUGUAUGCAUGAGUAUAGGUCAUGUAUGUUUGUGCGGUCGGUACAAGUUCAGACUUUCUGUCUCAGGUUUCUGCUUGUAGUUCGCUGGUGUUUUCUGUCUGUCAGCAGCUUAACUUACAAAGUUAUGGACGGAUUUUGAUGAACUUUUCAGGAAAUAUCAGAAAUGGAAUAAAAGAACAAGUAUUGAGAUUUUGGGGUGAUCUGGAUCAUCACCUGGAUUCAGGAGUUUUUAAAGGAUUCUUUACUAUGGGGAGAUAAUUCUGCCAUCACAGCUUCUAACUCAUAAAUAAAGCCCACAGUCACUGGUAAAAAUAAGUCAUUAGUUUGGGAGAGGUCUGCGCUGUCUGAGGGCUUCUAGUGGGAUUUGAACCCACAUCCCAGGCUAAUAAAUCCAAACAGAAACCAGAACAAGAUUGUAAGAAACUACCUGAACCAAUAAAAUAUGAGUAAACAUUAACAUUAAAAGUUUUACAACUUCCUGUGGAACAUUCAUGAUACAUGAUGCAGAAUCAGCUGAUGUUUUCCUUUUUCUGUUUAGAAGGAAGUUUAUUUAAGUUCAGACUGUAUCCAUGAGUAAAAUAUCAUUUUUUUCUCUGUAGUCCAGCUUGCUGGGCUCUGCAGUUUUAAUCAUUAAAGCCUUGUUGUCAGUG